AUGUCCAGAGUGACAGCUUUUAGGGACACAGACCUUCGCUCCCUGCUAAGGGAGUUGCGGACUGAUAUUGCUAUGGCUGUAGACGACCCUUUCCCUCUCGUCUAUGGUUUGGCAGACAAAAACAUCAUCACUGACCAAUUACUAAAGGACACUCUGGAGAAGGAAGGCCGAGAAGGGAUCCACAAGGCCACAUAUUCGCUCCUGUCCUGGGUCCUGGAGCAGAGCAGAUCCACCAUCCAGGCUUUCUGGAGCAACUUGUCCAAAGACUACAACCUGGACAGCUACCCCAAGCUGCGGUCACUGCUCACUAACCUGCACUCGAAGCGGGAUGCUGCAGGCUCUACAAGUGAGAAGAGAUCCUCUGGAGGCAACAAAACACCUCACAUCAAGAAGAGGAGCCACGAGGACAGAGGGACCAAUUCACACAAUAAGCAUCCACAGUAUCAUGCCAAGACAAGCAAUGGACCAGGGGGUAAAGUGAGACUGUACAGAGUGAAGACUGAAGCUCCAGCCCCCCAGCUACCACCUGGAAAUAGUGUUCAGGUGCAGUCCUCCUCGGUCCAGAGACCAGUCGCCCUGUCUUCCUCCUCCUCUGCCGCCUCAACUGAGCCGCCAGUCAGCCAUGAAGCCAGAGAGAAGAUCCGUAUCAAGCAGGUGGUUGGCUCAGAUAGUAAGCCACUGGGAACUGCCAGAAAGUGUAUAAAAGUUGUUGGGGACUUUCACUCUUGUGGUCAGUCAGAGAUAAAUGGAGAGUCCAAAUCCAAAGCUGCUGAGAACACAUUUCACCACAAGGUGGAGACAACCGCAGGCAUGGUUCACUAUAAUGAUGAUGAGUGUGCAGUGUGUAGGGACGGAGGGGAGCUGAUUUGUUGUGAUGGCUGUCCUCGAGCUUUUCAUCUGACCUGCCUCGACCCUCCACUCACAUCUAUACCAAGUGGACCUUGGCAGUGUGAGCGGUGCUCUGGCAACACAGUAAAAAGAGAGAAACCCCAACUACCUUUACAACCGCUAAUUGCCCAGCCUCAGCAAACAAACACGAGCAGCAGUAAUUCCAUCUCCUCCGUCUCCUUCUUCUCCUCGCUGUCAGCCUCGUCCCUCACCAGUGCCACGGCUUCUAUGAAUGGGCCCAGUGGCAGACAUCAGUGCUCAGGUGGAGAGAUGGUCAACUUGAGGGAGGUGUGUGGCGUUUGUCAUUUAGCAGGAGCAGACCUGACUCACUGCCUCCAGUGUUUUAAGUGUUUCCACGCACACUGCCACUUCUCUAAAGGGAGAUCCAUAUGCUUGUCCUGCUCCAGGCCCUGGGGCAGCUCUGCAGAGAAGGAGACUGAAUCCUUACAGAUCGCCCCAGUGGUUCAAAAUAUACUCAGUCAUGAUCAGAGCUCCUCUGUCCCUGAGCCCAUCCUCCAUAAAGAUGAACUGGACUCCAUCCUGGGAGAUCAGGGCUCCAUUGAUGGCAUCUUGCAGUGGGCUUUCCACAACAUCUCUCGGCCUCUUCCAGACUCUCAAGGAUGCUACCAGUAA